AAAAAAGAGUCAUGGAGAAAGAUCCACAUCCGGAAAAUGGUGAGGAUAACGAUAAUGUGUCUUCGAAAUCGGGUGAUGAACAACCUGCGGGAAGCGAAGAAAACGAAGUUGUGGAGGGCACAACCUCGGAUCCGGAUUUGAGCCUUACACAGAUUCUGGAUGAGGUUGAUCGGUUCUUGGAGGCUUUAAUCAAUGCCGAAGACAAAUCGAACCCACCUUCGGAAGUUCCGAAAUCCGUUGAGUUAUUGUCGGAAAUGGUGGAAUGCAUGAUCAACAACUACGUUAAUGCCAGCAAAGCUUCGGAGGCAAAGUUUGGUCGAGAUCCUGAAUACGACACGUCGCUUAUGGAAGCCUUGAAUCGGAUUUCGAAGCUGUCGAUUGAGUUUGGCGAAUUUCCAUCGAGCUCGGCGUUGUCAUCUUCUCUAAACCGAACGAGCAUCGUGUUACAACAAGCGAUGUCGUUUUUGGAGGAAGUGUUUCGUCACUUGCUUGAAGAAACGAAAUCCAUCGUUGUGGAACAAAAAUCUCAGCAGAAGACAUGGAAGCAGGCCUCGUUCAAUUAUUCGCAUCAAGAAAGCGAUCGGUGUAUCCACCCACCCGAGCUUGAAUCAAACAAGGAAGACGAAUUCCCGGGAUUUUCCCAGGAAACCAUUUACCACAUGAAAAAGAUUGCCACGGCAAUGGUUUUGGCUGGGUACGAAAAUGAAUGUUGCAUGGUUUAUAGCAUUUUAAGGCAGACCGCGUUUAAAGGGACAUUGAACAAGCUAGGAUAUGAGUAUAUUAGCAUCGACGAGAUACAAAGAAUGCAAUGGGAAUCAUUGGAGGGAGAAAUUGCUUUGUGGAUCAACGUGGUCAAGCAAUGUUACACUAAUUUUUUCUCCAAAGAGAAAAACCUUUGUGACACUAUUUUCUCUGACUAUCCCUUAAUAUCACAGAGCCUAUUCACCAAUCUAGCACACACUGUUGUUAUACAGCUUCUUAAUUUCGCAGAAGCCGUUGUGUUAACGAAGAGAUCGGCUGAGAAGUUGUUCAAGAUCCUUGACAUAUACGAGACUCUUCGCGAUCUAAUUCCAGCCAUUGAUGAAUUGUGCCAUGGAGAUCGCGCGCAGGGAUUGAAGUCCGAGGCCUCCGAGACCAUGACCUGGCUUGGCGAAGCUGCGGUUAGCAUUUUCUGUGAUCUUGAAAACUCAAUCAAGAGUGACAACCAUGGAAGAACCCCGGUGCCUAGUGGUGCAGUGCACCCAUUGACGCGUUACGUGAUGAAUUACCUCAAGUACGCCUGUGAAUACAAGGACACAUUGAAACAGGUGUUUCAACAACACCUGAUGAUCGAUAUACCCAAGAAUGAGCAACAAAUUGAUGUCGAUGAUCAUGAUGGAGACGUAUCCGAUGAUGGUUCGCCGAAAACGACACCAUUUUCUAGACAAUUGAUGACAAUUAUGGAGCUUUUGGACGCGAACCUUGAUAUGAAAUCAAAACUGUACAGGGACCCCGCAUUGCAAAACAUUUUCUUGAUGAACAAUGGGAGAUACAUUCUACAGAAGAUCAAAGGGUCGGCGGAGAUUCAUGAAUUGAUGGGCGAUAGGUGGCGUAGGAGGAGGUCUUCGGAGCUGAGGCAUUACCACAAGAGUUAUCAGAGAGAAACAUGGAGUAAGGUUUUGCAAUGUCUAAGCCAUGAGGGACUUCAAACCACAAGUGGGUCUUCACACGGCAAGGUUUCAAAGCUUGUGUUGAAGGAGAGGUUUAAGAAUUUCAAUGCCAUGUUCGAUGAAAUACAAAAGACGCAGAGCACUUGGGUGGUGAGCGAUGAGCAGCUUCAGUCGGAGCUUCGGGUUUCAAUAUCGGCUGUGAUGAUUCCGGCUUACCGUUCAUUCUUAGGGAGGUUCAAGCAAUUUUUGGAUCCAGGCAGACAGACUGAGAAGUAUAUAAAGUACCAGCCAGAAGAUAUUGAGACUUUGAUUGAAGAAUUGUUUGAUGGAAAUCCUACAUCUAUGUCAAGGAGAAGAACAUAAUAAAAUUACUGAAAGAAGAAAAGAUUAGAUGUCUUAAUGGUAAACAAAUUCAUUCCUGUGCUGCAUCUCAAUUUCAAUCUGUUAUAUACUUUGUAUGCUUGUGCCUUUUCUUGGGCAGACAAUUUAUUUGAUUUUGAUCAUAUAUAAUG